AAAUCGCUCUCUCCUUCUUCUUCAUGAUCUUCUUCUUCUGAUUCGAUUUCCAUCUUAAAUCUUAAUUAUACACAAAAAGGAUUUGGAUCGUCACCUGAGAUUUUCAUUAGUCCUGCAACAUUUUUAUCGAAUUCUGUGAAUCCAUUUCUCUCCCGAUCUCGUCGUCGUCGAUGGAUAUGGCGAGUUCACCUAAACACAAUGUGGAGGAGAUGAAAUCUGCUGAGAUCAUCGCUAAGGAAGUUUCUCCUAAACCUAAUGUCAAAGAGAUUGAGGAGAAGAAAGAAGAAGAGAUGAAAUCUGUUGAUAUCGAAGAGUUUUCUCGUAAACCGGUUGUCGAAAUCGAGGAGAUGAUGGAGGAUAAUGAGGAGGAGGAGAUGGAGUCUAUAGAUAUUCAUGAAGAGGAAGGAGAUAAGAUUGUUACUAUGGAUGAGAUAAUGUCUGUAUAUAGUGAUGAUGAUGAUAGUGAGAGUUCCGCUGAAUCAAACGAUGAAAUAACGAAAGCGGGUGAAGAAACGGUUGAUGAUCGAAGCGGAAUCUCUCACCACUCGUCGUCAGAUACUACUUCAUCAACUUCUUCUGCUUGGACAGAGAAAGCAGCUGCUAUCAAGAACUUCGUUAGAGUGAAGAGCGAAGUUGCGGUACAUACAUUGAUUCGUCGACUUUCCGGGAAACUAAGUGUUGACAAUGCAGCUCAUGGUACUAGAGAUGAUGAGGUGAAAUCAGUAGACUCUCCUAAAACAGAAGGAAAGUCUAUGUGGAAUCCUUUAAGCUAUUUGAAGAUGAUGCAGAACGACGAUGAUUCGGUUGAUAGAGAAGAAGAGGUAGCAUUGGAGCCUGUAGUGAUGAAAGGUAGGAUUAUAUUGUAUACAAGACUAGGGUGUGAGGAGUGCAGAGAAUGUAGGUUGUUUUUGCAUGAAAAAAGGUUAAGAUAUGUCGAAAUUAACAUCGAUAUUUACCCGUCAAGAAAACUGGAGUUGGUAAAGAUUUGUGGAGGAGAUGUUGUUCCUAGGGUAUUCUUUAAUGAAGUGUUAGUUGGGAGUUUUAAGGAGCUUAAGGUAUUGGAGGAAUCAGGAGAGCUUGAGGAGAAGAUCAAACAUUUGAUAGAAGAAGCACCGCCUCGGGAAGCUCCCCUGCCACCUUUCUCAGGGGAAGAUGAUGCAUCGAGUAAAGGUCCUGUAGAUGAACUAGCUUUAAUAGUGCUGAAGAUGAAGCCUUGUGUAGUUAAGGAUCGGUUUUAUAAAAUGAGAAGGUUUAAAAACUGUUUCUUAGGUUCAGAAGCUGUGGAUUUCUUAUCCGCAGAUCAAAGUCUAGAAAGAGAUGGGGCGGUUGAAGUUGCUCGAAAGCUUGCUAGCCAGCUCUUCUUUCAACAUGUCCUAGAGGAGAAUCUGUUUGAGGAUGGGAAUCACUUGUAUCGGUUUCUGGAUGAUGACCCAGUCGUGUCAUCUCAAUGUCAUAACAUCCCUAGAGGAAUAAUAGAUUUGAAGCCAAGGCCGAUUGUGGAAAUUGCGUCAAGGCUCAGACUUGUGUAUCGAGCAAUUCUUGAAGCUUACACUUCGCCAGAUGGAAAACAUGUAGACUACAGAAGCAUCCAUGGGAGUGAAGAGUUUGCAAGGUACUUGCGAAUAAUUCAAGAGCUCCAUAGAGUAGAGCUUGAAGAUAUGCAAAGAGAGGAAAAGCUCGCGUUCUUCAUAAACCUUUAUAACAUGAUGGCUAUACAUUCAAUACUAGUAUGGGGUCAUCCAGCAGGAACUUUUGAUCGAACGAAAAUGUUUAUGGACUUCAAGUAUGUGAUUGGCGGCAACACCUACUCGCUUUCGGCUAUACAAAAUGGAAUUCUAAGGGGUAACCAGCGACCGAUGUUCAAUCCUAUGAAACCAUUUGGUGCAAAGGACAAACGUUCCAAGGUUGCUCUGCCUUAUGCAGAGCCUUUGACUCAUUUUGCUCUGGUUUGUGGAACUCGGUCUGGACCACCGCUUCGAUGCUUCACGCCUGGAGAGAUUGAUAAAGAACUCAUGGAGGCAGCUCGCGAUUUCUUAAGAUGUGGUGGACUCAUAGUUGAUCUCAAUGAUAAAUUUGCAUACAUCAACCAAAUCUUUAACUGGUAUGGGGUAGAUUUUGGAAAUAGCGAAGUGGAGGUACUGAAGCAUGCAUCAACCUUCUUGGAGCCGCAAUUUUCAGAAGCUUUGCUGGAUUGUCUAGUUGAUACUCAGUUUAAACUUGUCUACCAAAAAUAUGACUGGAGGCUUAACAACUAAAAGACUUAUAUAUCCGCAACUUCGGGGACUUAUGCGGUUACACUAAUAAAUCGAGUUUAGGUUC